UUUUACGACUGUUUGUGUUGCGGUACGGCAGAGUUGGUACCCUCGUAACGUGGGCUUGUUUACUGCUGGUUUUAGCGUCUCUGACUUAACGAACACAUGUUAACUCUUUAACAAUCAGCAGCUGGUUUGGAUAUUGACCUGUCGUCCACGGGGGGACAUGGGGAAGCCGAAGAAAAAGAGUGAUCUCAGCCGUGCUGAGCUGAUGAUGAUGACCAUCGCGGACGUCAUCAAGCAGCUGGUUGAAGCGCACGAGCAGGGCAAAGACAUCAACCUGAACAAGGUCAAGACGAAGACCUCGGCUAAGUACGGACUGGAAGCCCAGCCCCGAUUGGUUGAUAUCAUCGCAGCCGUUCCACCACAGUACCGCCGGGUUCUGGUGCCCAAACUGAAAGCCAAACCUAUCCGUACUGCAAGUGGGAUUGCAGUUGUGGCUGUGAUGUGCAAACCCCACAGAUGUCCCCACAUCAGCUUUACAGGAAACAUCUGUGUCUACUGUCCUGGUGGACCAGACUCUGAUUUUGAGUACUCCACCCAGUCGUACACCGGCUAUGAGCCGACAUCCAUGAGGGCGAUCCGAGCUCGCUACGACCCCUUCCUACAGACCAGACAUCGGGUGGAGCAGCUGAAGCAGCUGGGGCACAGUGUGGACAAGGUGGAGUUCAUCGUGAUGGGUGGCACCUUCAUGGCCCUCCCUGAGGAGUACAGGGACUACUUCAUCAGGAACCUCCACGACGCCCUGUCAGGGCACACCUCCAACAACGUGGCUGAGGCCGUCAGGUACUCGGAGCGCAGCAACACCAAGUGCGUGGGAAUCACCAUAGAGACGCGGCCCGACUACUGCCUGAAGCGCCACCUCAGCGACAUGCUGAGCUACGGCUGCACCCGGCUGGAGAUCGGAGUGCAGAGUGUUUACGAAGACGUGGCCAGAGACACCAACAGGGGCCACACUGUGCGAGCUGUGUGUGAGUCUUUCCAACUGGCAAAGGACGCUGGCUUUAAAGUUGUUGCACACAUGAUGCCAGACCUGCCCAACGUUGGCAUGGAGAGGGACGUGGAGCAGUUUAUCGAGUUCUUUGAGAAUCCGGCGUUCAGGCCCGACGGUCUGAAGCUCUACCCGACCCUGGUGAUCCGAGGCACCGGUCUGUACGAGCUGUGGAAGACGGGCCGCUACAAGAGCUACACGCCGAGUGCCCUGGUGGACCUGGUGGCCCGCAUUCUGGCCCUGGUGCCGCCCUGGACACGAGUGUACCGGGUGCAGAGGGACAUCCCCAUGCCGCUGGUGAGCUCCGGUGUAGAGCACGGCAACCUGAGGGAGCUGGCGCUGGCUCGGAUGAAGGACAUGGGCACCGAGUGUCGAGAUGUAAGGACCCGAGAAGUUGGCAUUCAGGAAAUCCACCACAAAGUCAGGCCUUACCAGGUGGAGCUAGUUCGGAGGGACUACGUGGCCAACGGCGGCUGGGAGACCUUCCUGUCCUACGAGGACCCGGAGCAGGACAUCCUCAUCGGCCUCCUGCGCCUGCGCCGCUGCUCCCCUCAGACCUUUCGGCCGGAGCUGAAAGGCGGAGUGUCCAUCGUCCGCGAGCUGCACGUGUACGGCAGCGUGGUCCCAGUGAGCAGCCGCGACCCCAGCAAGUUCCAGCAUCAGGGCUUCGGUAUGAUGCUGAUGGAGGAGGCUGAGAGAAUAGCCAGAGAGGAGCACGGCUCAGAGAAACUGGCCGUUAUCUCUGGUGUAGGAACCAGAAACUACUACAGGAAGAUGGGCUACGAGCUGGAGGGGCCGUAUAUGGUGAAGCAGCUGUACGGCGCAGGACUGGACUGAGCCCAGCCACGCCGUUCUUAUCUGGAUGAUAAGGAGGCGCGCGAGAGGACACGGGGAAGUGGAGCUAUUUGGGACAAAGCCAGCCUCCUCCGGUGGAGACUUUCCACAUCAGAGGCGAAGGCGGGCCAGACGGGGGCGCUGACAUCUGACAUCUGAACCUUUGAAGGGCCUGACUUUCCUCACCGGUGACCUGCAUUUAAUGUCAAACAAGAGACCUACAGGGGGAGUUCUGAUUUGACUUGAAUAAUCCGCGUUUGUCUGGGAUUACAGUCACGGUUUCAGUUAAUCGUGUUUAUGUUGCAAUCGUGUGAAAGAGCCCCCCCCUUGCUGGAGUCGAGCGUUCCUGAAUGGACACCAGGAAAUCCUCGCCGUAAUUGAAAGAUUGGAAACUACGGGGCGGGAAACGAGUCUUAGCGUUACAUAAACUGCUUUUUAAACCCCGUCUCGCGUAAUCGGGUUUGUUUCUUGUCUGUCACUCGUUCUGGAAGUAUCCUAACGAACGCUUUCUUAAAGAAUAAAGUAUUUUUCAGUUAUAUC